AUGGAACUGGCGUGGAAUAUAGUGUUUGUUCUUCUGUCCAGUUCUCCUUGCUGGGCAGUAGACUGGGAAUCCACUCAGAAUUUCAUUGUAGCGGCUGGCCCUCUCCCCAGUGACUGGAUUCAGGUUGCGAAUCCUCCAUUAAAUGAGCAGGGGGCUAACUUCACAGCAGCUAGCCUGGAAGCUCACAUCUGCAGCCAGCAGUGGACUGCCACCUCGGCGGAAUACUUGGACAGCCUUUAUGUCAGUGGGGUGACCCACUAUAAAGUCUUCCUUCCUUGGGCACAACUUCUCCCAACAGGAAGCUCCCAGGAGCCAGACAAGAACAUAGUGCAAUGCUACAGAAGACUUCUUGAGGCUCUCCAUGCUGCUCAGCUCCAGCCACUGGGGGUCCUGCACCAUCCAACUUUACCCAGGCAAGCUGGGGCCUGGAAAAGUGAACUUUUCCCCAGCCUAUUUGCCGACUAUGCUUUGUUUGCCUUCCACUCCUUUGGGGACCUGGUGCAGAUCUGGUUCACUUUCAGUGAUUUGGAAGCAGCCGUGGAGGAUCUUCCCCACCGGGAGUCAAAGUCUUCUCGUUUUCAGGCCAUUUUUGAUGCCCACAGAAAAGCCUAUAAUGUCUACCAUGAAAAUUUUGCUUCUCAAGGUGGGAAACUGUCUCUUGUGCUAGGAGUUGACAAGAUCUCUGAGUACUUGUUGGGCUCCUCACGGCAUCAUCUUAACAAGGACUCAAUCGAUUUCCUCUCUCUUGAUCUGCUGUGUGAUUGCCAAAAUCAAGCUGGCCCACCACAGGAGCUGAGUGAACUGCAGAUCAUCGAUCCCAAAGUGAAAGUUUUCAUCUUCAGCCUAAAAUUUCACAACUGUGUUCCCUUGAAGGAGAAAUCAGCCGAAGUUCUGUUUAACACGAUCAAAGCCAUAAAUAAAGACCAAGUACUGACUAUUGGGUUUGAUGUCAGUGAAUUCCUACAGUGUUCUUUCAGUGCCAAGAAAAGGUCUUGCUCCCUGCCUGACGCGCUGCUUGGCCACGCGGCACAGCAGGACCGGAGCCCAGCCCCCCCGGGGGCGCCUCCAUCAGCCUACCGGAGAGUCUGGCAGAAGUUUGCGGGCCAGUCUGAGGCGGAGAGAGACGCGUUCCUGCAGGGCGACUUCCCCGAAGGCUUUCUCUGGGGCGCCGCCAGCGGGGCCUUUAACGUGGAGGGUGCCUGGGCCGAAGACGGGAAAGGAGAAACCAUCUGGGACCGGUUUGGGCGCGAGGGCCGCGCGGAGAACAAGGCGGCGCCGGAUGUGGCGGGUGACGGCUACCACAAGGUGGCCUACGACGUCGCUCUCCUCCGCGGCCUCCAGGCGCAGGUGUACAAGUUUUCCAUCUCGUGGGCUAGGAUCUUCCCCACGGGCUACAAGAGCAGCCUCAACCGGCGCGGGGUAGCCUACUACAAUAAGCUGAUCGACAGCCUGCUGGACGCGCACGUGGCGCCGAUGGUGACCUUGUUCCACUGGGACCUGCCUCAGGCCCUGCAGGAUCAGGGAGGCUGGCUGAGCGAGAGCGUGGUGGAGGCUUUUGUGGACUACGCAGCUUUUUGCUUCGCUACCUUUGGGGACCGGGUGAAGCUGUGGGUGACCUUUCACGAGCCUUGGGUGAUAAGCUACGCAGGCUACGGCACCGGACGGCACGCCCCCGGCAUCUCCGACCCCGGGGUCGCCUCCUUUAAGGUGGCUCACUCCAUCCUCAAGGCCCACGCCAAGGCCUGGCGCUAUUACGACCGCCACCAGCGCGCCCAGCAGCGCGGCCAGGUCGGGAUCGUGCUGAACUCGGACUGGGCUGAGCCCUACUCUGCCGAGAGCGAGGAUGUGGCGGCGGCGGAGCGCUACCUGCACGCCAUGCUGGGCUGGUUCGCCCACCCGCUCUUUGUGGAUGGCGACUACCCCGCCUCGCUGAGGACCCAGAUCCAGCUGAAAAACCGGCAGUGUGGCGGCGCCGUUGCCCAGAUGCCCGCCUUUACCGAGGAAGAAAAGCUUCUCUUGAAGGGUUCCUCUGAUUUUCUGGGCCUGUCCCAUUAUACCUCCCGCCUGGUUAAGGAUGCGCAGAACGGCUCCUGCGGCCCGGACUAUGAUAGUCUUCGCGACUUCUCGCAGCACGUGGACCCCCGUUGGCCCCAGACUGCAUCUCCUUGGAUUCGGGUGGUCCCCUGGGGUCUCAGGAGGCUUUUACAGUUUGCGUCCCUGGAAUACACCAAAGGGAAGGUUCCCAUCUACCUGGCUGCCAAUGGCCUGCCCACGGAAGGCAGAGACCUUGAUGACUCUGCAAGACGAGACUAUUUCAAUCUCUAUGUCAAUGAGGUGCUCAAAGCUAUCAAGUUGGACUUGGUGGAUGUUCGGUCCUACAUUGUUCGUUCCCUCAUUGAUGGCUUUGAAGGUCCCUCCGGUUACAACCAAAGAUUUGGGUUACACUACGUGGAUUUCAAAGAUGGCAGCAGACCCAGAACCCCCAGGAAGUCUGCCUAUUUUUUCUCCAGCAUUAUCAAAAAGAAUAGCUUGCAGACUAAAAAGAUAGACAGAACUUCUCAGUCAUUCAUUCAUAGCCUUCCUCGCACAAUUCCUCUUGUUUUGGGACCCUCGGAGGUUCCUUCCAAGGCUAAGGUAGUUUGGGAAAAAUUCUCCAGCCAAUCCAAGUUUGAAAGAGAUCUCUUCCACCAUGGAACAUUUCCGGAUGACUUUGUCUGGGGUGUGUCCUCCUCCGCCUAUCAGAUUGAGGGAGGCUGGGACGCAGACGGGAAGGGCCCCAGCAUCUGGGAUAACUUCACCCAUACGCCUGGGAACAAUGUGAUGAACAAUGAUAACGGAGAUGUGGCUUGUGAUAGUUACAAUAAGUUGGAGGAGGACCUGAAUAUGCUGAGAGCUUUGAGGGUCACAGCCUAUCGCUUCUCCCUCUCCUGGUCCCGAAUCUUCCCAAAAGGGACAAAUGAUUCUGUCAACAAAUACGGAGUUGACUACUACAACCGGCUCAUCGAUGGCUUGGCGGCCAGCAACAUUACCCCCAUGGUGACCCUGUACCACUGGGACCUCCCCCAAGCCCUGCAAGAUAUUGGGGGGUGGGACAACCCUUCCUUGAUAGAGCUGUUUGACAGCUACGCAGACUUUUGCUUCCGCACUUUUGGCGAUCGGGUCCGAUUCUGGAUGACGUUUAACGAGCCCAUGUACCAGGCCUGGUUAGGCUACGGCGAAGGCGUUUUCCCCCCCAAUGUGAAGGAUCCCGGCCACGGGCCUUACAGGAUCGCCCACACCCUCAUCAAAGCUCAUGCCCGAGUUUACCACACAUACGAUCAAAAGUACAGGCCGAGUCAGAAAGGAGUCAUUUCCCUGAGCCUCAGCACGCACUGGAUGGAGCCCAAGUCGCCACAUUCCCCGAGAGACGUCGAGGCGGCUGAUCGGGCCCUGCAGUUUAGCUUGGGCUGGUUUGCCCACCCCAUCUUUAAAAACGGGGACUACCCCGAUGCUAUGAAGUGGAAAGUCGGCAACCGGAGCGAGCUGCAGAAUCUGCCCGCUUCUCGCCUCCCCAUCUUCACGGAGCAGGAAAAGCGCUACAUCAGAAACACGGCGGAUGUCUUCUGCCUCAACACCUACUCCACCAAAGUCGUGUCCCACAGAACUCCUCAGCUGCAACCUCCCUCCUACGAGAGCGACCAGGAGAGGACCGAGGAGGAGGAGCUGUCUGGGCCUCCCAGUGCCCUGCACAGGGCAGUGCCCUGGGGUCUCAGAAGGGUCCUGAACUGGAUCAAGGAAGAAUAUGGCAACAAGCAAAUUUACAUCACGGAAAAUGGAGUGGGACUCAAGAAGUCUCAAAUUGAAGAUAUAGACAGGAAGUUUUUUUACAAAACGUACAUCAAUGAAGCUUUGAAAGCCUACAGUCUGGAUGGUGUCAACCUCCGUGGGUAUGUGGCUUGGGCCCUGAUGGACAACUUUGAAUGGCUGAAUGGCUACAGUGUCAAAUUUGGACUAUAUCAAGUAGAUUUUAAUGACCCCAACCGACCCCGGACUGCAAGAACUUCUGCCAGGUAUUACACAGAAGUUAUUAGCAAUAAUGGCAUGCCAUCGAGCAAAGAGGAUGAGUUUUUGUAUGGAGAGUUUCCGGAAGGCUUUAUCUGGAGUGCAGCUUCCGCAGCCUAUCAGAUUGAGGGUGCCUGGAGAGCUGAUGGCAAGGGCCUCAGUAUCUGGGAUACCUAUUCCCAUACUCCACUAAGGAUUGCAAAUGAUGACACUGGGGACGUUGCCUGUGACAGCUAUCACAAAAUCCAAGAAGAUCUGGCAGCUCUUCAGAAUCUCGGCGUGUCCCACUAUCGCUUCUCCAUCUCCUGGCCUCGUGUUCUCCCUGAUGGGACUACGAGGCAAAUCAAUGAAGAGGGGCUCAACUACUAUGAAAGACUCAUCGAUGCACUAAUGGCAGCCAAUAUUACACCUCAGGUGACUAUUUACCACUGGGAUCUGCCCCAGGCACUCCAGAAUGUUGGAGGCUGGGAGAAUGAUACCAUAGUCCAGAGGUUUAAGGAAUAUGCAGAUGUGCUCUUCAGUAGGCUGGGAGCUAAGGUGAAGUUUUGGAUCACUCUCAAUGAGCCCUAUGUCAUUGCCAACCUGGGCCAUGGCUAUGGAACAGCUGCUCCAGGCAUUUCCUUUAGACCAGGCACUGCUCCCUAUAUUGUUGGCCAUAACUUAAUAAAAGCUCAUGCUGAAGCCUGGCACCUGUAUAAUGAUGUCUACCGACCCACACAAGGAGGACUGAUUUCUAUCACCAUCAGCAGUGACUGGGCAGAACCCAGGGAUCCUUCCAAACAAGAAGAUGUGGAAGCUGCCAGAAGAUAUGUUCAGUUUAUGGGAGGCUGGUUCGCACAUCCUAUUUUCAAAAAUGGAGACUACAGUGAAGUCAUGAAGACCCGGAUUAGGGACAGGAGCCUGGCAGCAGGACUCAGCAAAUCCAGGCUUCCAGAGUUUACUGAAGAUGAAAAGAAGAGAAUUAAUGGCACAUUUGAUUUUUUUGGCUUCAAUCAUUAUACCACUAUUCUGGCUUCUAACCUGAAUUAUGCAGAUAUAAUCUCCUCCUAUGACGCAGACAGGGGAGUGGCUUCCAUCACAGAUCGCACUUGGCCAGAUUCCGGCUCUUUUUGGCUGAAGAUUACUCCUUUUGGCUUUAGAAGGAUCUUGAACUGGUUAAAGGAAGAGUACAACAACCCUCCAAUUUAUAUUACAGAGAAUGGGGUUUCUGAGCGAGGAACCUCAGACCUCAAUGACACCGUAAGAAUCUAUUACCUCCGGAGUUACAUCAAUGAAGUUCUCAAAGCUAUCCAGGAUAAGGUGGACAUCCGUGGCUACACUGUUUGGAGUUUGAUGGACAAUUUUGAAUGGGCUACUGGCUUUUCAGAGAGAUUCGGUCUACAUUUCACCAACUACACAGACCCUUCCAUCCCAAGGAUCCCCAAGGAAUCUGUCAAGUUGUAUGCCUCUGUAGUCAGGUGCAAUGGCUUCCCAGACCCAGCCAGCGGGCCGCACCUCUGCCUCCAGGCCCCAGAUGGUCCCACCACUGAAUCUGUGACAGACAAGCAAGUUCAGUUCUUGGGGCUAACACUGGAUGCCACCAAUGCAGAAACAGCUUUAUACGUACUCUUUUCUUUCUUGAUUUUCUUUCUGAUUAUCGGUAUCUGUGGACUAGCAUUUACAUUCUAUAAAUACUACAAGGUGUCUAAGAAAAGUCCAAGUACCAGCCAACAGGAAUUGAGUAAAAUGUAGUAUUUGCCGUAUGCUUUACAAGUUAGCUAAAGCAUUGCUGAGUUUCUUUGCUUAAAACUGCCUUACCCAAUUCCCUGCUUUUAUAUCAAACUCCCUGUAUAAUUUAAGAAAACAGAAUAUAAUAAAAGAUCAAAGUAGCUUCAUGAGUAGUUUACCUGGAACAUCUCAGAUAACUGCUCCUAAUUUUCUCCAACCACCUGAUAUAACCAUUAAGAUAGUUUUGUUUUUGUUAAGACCUUUUAGUUUUCUUAAGACAGUCAUGGGAAUGUCAAUCUUUUAAGACUUUAUCUGAGGGGUUGAGUUUUCCAUGUAUUCAGGCAUUUGGGGCAGAAAAAAUUCUCAAUUUGGCCUGUGCUUCACCUUAAAGGUGCUUCUCUUUACUAUUUUAAAAAAAAUCAUCUUUUAUGUCUAAAUCAUGAACUAAUUUCAAUCCUUUCACCUUGGUACAAGGUGUGAAAUGUUGGACCAUGCCCUAAAUCCUUACUAUUUUUCAGUUUUCCCAGCAAUUUGUAGUGAGUUUUUAUCCCAGAAGCUAGUCUUUGAGUUUGUCAAACAAUAGAUUACUAGUCAUUGACUAUUGCGUCUUUGUGUACCUCAUCUAUUCCACUGAUCCAGGACCAAAUUGUUUUGAUGACCCCUGCUUUAUAAUUUAUAAGUUUAGGUCUGGUAUGGAGAGGCCACCUUUCUUUACAUUUUUUUUUUUUUUCAUGAAUUCCCUUGUAGUUUUGACCUUUUGUUCUUUCAGGUUAAUUUUAUUUUUUUUUCUAGCUUUAUAAUUUGUUUGGCAAUUUGGUAUGGCACUGAGUAAGUAGAUUAAGUUAUUUACCAUUUAUUUUAAAAAGUGUAGGCAUGGGCAAAAGCCACGGUAAUCCUAUUGUACAUAAUCAAACUUAAAAAGCAAACCAACAUAUAACUGGAUGCCUUGCUUUAGUUUGGGAAUUAUCUGAAUGGGUUUUUUCCUCCUAACACUUUAAAAAAUUCUCCUCACUCUUACUUUCUGGUAAAAAAUAAAAAUGGGACUUAUGAAGGCUACAUCA